AUGCUUAUUCGAGGAUGGAAAAAUCAGAGCUCUGUAACUGAAUUUAUCCUCCUGGGAUUCUCCAGAAACCCCAGAACCAAUUGGAUCCUAUUUUUUCUCUUCCUCUUUGUCUAUUUGUUUACUGUCUUGGGCAAUGGACUCAUUGUAACCCUGAUCAGAAUAGAUGUACGCCUCCACACACCCAUGUACUUCUUCCUCAGCAUCCUAUCUCUGCUGGACCUCAGCUAUGCCACCACCACUGUGCCCCAGAUGUUGGUUAUUCUCAUAAGCAAAAACAAGACCAUCUCCUUUGUUGGCUGUGUGGUCCAGAUGUAUAUUUUUCUGACUUUGGGUAUUACUGAGACCUGGAUUUUUGCAGCCAUGGCAUAUGACAGAUAUGUUGCCAUCUGCUAUCCACUCCACUAUGGGGUGAAAAUGGGUCAAACACUGUGUAUACUCUUAGCAAUCAGCUCUGCUCUUUGUGGUCUCAUUUGUGCUCUUGUCUACACUGUCUUUGCCAUGAAACUGCCCUACUGCGGCCCCAAUGAAAUCAACCACUUCUUUUGUGAAAUUCCUGCUGUCUUGAAGUUGGCCUGUGCAGAUACAUCCCUCAAUGACCAAGUGGACUUUAUCUUGGGUUUCAUCUUGCUCCUAAUCCCAUUAUCACUCAUUCUAGCUUCAUAUGUUCGCAUCUUCAUGGCUAUUCUAAAGAUUCGCUCUACACAAGGGCGAAUUAAGGCUUUCUCUACCUGUGCUUCCCAUAUCACAGUGGUCACCAUGUUCUGUAUUCCAUGCAUGAUUAUGUACAUGAGGCCUGGCUCUGAAGCCUCACCUGAGGAUGACAAGAAGUUGGCCCUGUUUUACAAUGUAAUUUCUGCUUUUCUCAACCCUAUAAUCUAUAGUCUCCGUAACAAGGAUGUGAAGAGGGCUUUUCUCAAAUUGAUUGGAAAAAGUGAAGAUACUCAAUAG